AUGAAGGGUAUGCUUUCUGGUCGUAAAGGGUACAAGUUUAACGUUAUGUACUUGUUAUGUGAGCUUUCUGAAACUGAAUUGAACAACGAUAUGAACAACUGUCGGCUUGAAACCUUUUAUUUGUUUGAAGAGUUUACAAGCAGCUCUUUUAGCUACUCGAAAGUGGCUGUCUCUGUCUUUGAAGAACUCCAGAAGCUUCCAUCAAGCUAUGUGAGCCAUACUACCAGACUAUGCCACGUUAAAGAUAGUGUCCUUGCGGUGACAGAGUUCCAAAUCAAGCAUGAAGGUGAUUGCAAUAAGAUCGAAAUAUUGACCUCUCGUGAAGAUCAGUAUGACGAUGUCGCCUUAAUGGAACCGUCUAUAGUGUGUGCCAUUGUUGAUACCCGUCUACUUACCGCCUAUGACGACAGAUUUCGUCUGGCUAGGAAGCCAUGGGGCUGUCUAGUUACUGAAAGUCAUGGUAAUCUUUUUGAGUGUGACAUUAGUGGUUCAAGCUUGACCAGAUCAUUAUACUGUCCAGGCGAUAAAUUUCAGACCAGGACAACAACUGGUCUCGGUAACGAUAGGCGUGGUUUUGUGAAUUUGCAAGUCAAGUCGUUUAACCCAGGUACAUUUGCUAAUAAGACUCCAGACCCGAUUAUUGCCUGGGGUAUGAAACUUUCUGAAGUAUUUAGACUUGAGUUGCAGUGCCAAUCCAGCAAACCAUUACCGACGUCGCUGUUAGUUGUGACAAGGGUCACAACCGAGCUUUUGGAGGUUGCAAGCUAUAAAGGCCGAGAGCAGAAAUCAUUUUGCGCUGAAGCUCCUAAAUCUCUCUACGUUUGGCUUUUGCUGGAGAAGAGGUGUUUUGAGAAGCUUGGGCGCCCAGUGUUCGAUACCGAUACAGUUUUCCAGAUCCCAUCAGGGUUAUACAAUGGCACUCUACCUACUAUAGAACCAACAUCGUAUUCCCAACUGAUGGCAAGGAUCUAUGCAAUUAAGUUCGUUGUUGAAUUCGUUGACUUGAAGGAUGAAUUCGAUAAGCAAAGCUUGGAAGCCAUUGUUGACGUCAAUAUCGCUAAGAUAUACUCGGAAGACACAGUUCAGGACAUGGAUAGACAACUACAUGUUUCCUCUUCUUCUGAGAGUGCCAGCAGCCAUGAGAGGAUUUACUUUGCGGACCAUGAUGGUAUCUCGAUUGAUGUUUCUAUGUUGCAAAGAGAAUUGUUAGGUGAGAAUGGAUCUUCAGAAUACUUGAUCGAACGGUGGCAAGUGUGGGCCUUUCCAGUAGAUCAUCAAUGGAUAUCAAUUACUGGUAUUAAGUAUGUGAAUGCUGAAGCAGAAAGAUACCUAGCAAAGAUACAUCGGGCGUUGCUGGUAAGAAACGCCAAUUCUGAAGCUGCAAUAAAGUUCAAGUUCUUCAAAGGCUGGAGUGAGUCCCACGAAGACAUAGGCUAUGUUUUUGGAAUGCCAAUGGUGACAUAUAAGGGGAGGUUUACUUUCACCUUACCGGCAAGUCUUCGGCGUGUACUUGAAGCAUUUUACCGGGGGCCAGCACAAACCCCUUCGGAAAGAGCGUCCCUUGUGGCUUCGCUGGAUUCGCUGUUUGCAAUUGUUAGUCAAGGGGUGAGAGUUUCUGACUUUUUGAAGCUUCAAGCGGUGUAUGCUUUGCUUCCAGACGAAAUACCGCAGGAUCACUUCCGUAAGCUAAGUAUGAAGCUCUUGAUGGAGGAGUCCGAACUUCGUUCGACGGGUAGGUCGUCGACGUAUGGCCUGGACUGUGUUACGCAUAUGUUCCCAUAUACAUCUGUGGAGAACGAAUUCAGAUUAUUGGGCACAAGCAAACCGCCCCAGUGUGUGCUUUGA